AUGGGUGGACGACCUCCAGUACCACCUGCUAGAGGCCGUGGACGCGGUAGAGGCAGAGCCGCAGAGGUAGCACCUAUUGAUCCACCAGUUAAGGAUCAGACGCAAGCAGAGCCUACUGCGACACCCGGACUUCAGGAGACCUUAGCUCAGAUAUUAUCAGUAUGCACCGGGUUGGCUCAGGCGAUGUCCGCUUCUACAGCAGCCACUUCUCAGACAGGGGAUGGCCAGCAGACCCAUGUGGCUCGCACUCCAGAGGUAGCUCCUAUUGCUCCGGUUGCCCCAGCAGCACCAGUUGCAUCAGUUCCGCAGGUUGCUCCGGUUCAGGAGGGAGUGGUUCCGGUUAUGACUGACGACUAG